UGUGAUGGAGAUGGGGUCGGAGGCGGCGGCGGUUGCGGUUGCGGCGACGACGAAGAGAGAAUGCGAGGCCGAUGCGCAGGAGGCAGGGAGGAAGAAGGCGGCGGGGGUGGUGCGGACGAGGAAGCCGGAUAUCUCGCGGGUGAUGCGUUCGUUCGAUCGGGUCGACGAGCUGAGGCUGAAGCGCGGAGUUGCGAGGCUGAACAAGGAGAACCCCGACGCGCCGCCGAUCGUACUGGAGGAGCUCACGAAGGAGGAGCGGGCGGCGCUCCUGCAGCAAGAGAAGGAGUGGGCGAGGAAGAAGGAGGAGGUGGACCGAGUCCAGCGGGAGGCGGACCGCCUAACGAAGGAAGCUGAGAGGGCCCAGGCGCCGCCACCGCCGCCGGAAGAUCCCAGCAAAGACAAGUGGCAGUUGGAUUAUGACUUCGAACGCCAGCACUUGGAAAUGAAACUGGCAAGGGAGACCGGCUUCUCUGGCUUCGCCUUCGAGGACAACACGCGUAUCCCCGCCAUGUGUUUCACGGACGACCCUAUGCGUGAUCACACCUGUACUUGGAGGACUUUGCAGAUCUUCACCGUCAAGGUAGCAGGAUUAGAGGGCCUACAGUUGCCCCUUGAUGUUUACGGUAUGGUUGCCGUGCGCGACAAACUGGACUACAGUCGCAACAUUAUCUUCAGCCGCACGAGGGACAACUGCCAAACCCUCACUCAACAGGAUCCAUGUUUAGUACUGACAGGUCCUAGCCGUGCUGUCUUCUAUAGAGACAAGGUGUACGUUGAGGCUGUGCUGAAAGUGAAGGGAACCACAGAAUCUGAGGACACCGAUCUAAGCCUUCUAUUCGAGCGCUUCGAAUGCUGCGAAAAGAUGAAUUUGUGCGUGGAUGUUGGAGAGUGCAGACACCGUUCCUGCAUGAGCAGCAUUCUCUACGCCAGCAAACUUAGCACACUGGAGUUCACAUCUGGCCUAGUCGCAUCCUCUGUUGAGGCCACCAUCGCCAUGCAGAUUGUCGAGGGGUCAUGGCCAGAAGGGCUCCGAUGCAAGAUUACCGCCUGUAUUGGCAGUUUGGAUCACAUGGAAGUCUUGCUGCUUGACUCAGGAGAAGAGAAGGUGCCUGUUUCUGCCGCUGACGGAACAGUUGAGCUGUCGCGGCGUGUUGUGUCUGUUGAGAGUUAUGGGCAGUUGAUUGUUCGUGGCAUUAUGCGUCGAGGUGGUGGCGACCAUGGCCAGGUUCUGGCAGAGGGUAAGGCAUCCUUUGUGCCUUUCGAUGCAGGUCGUAGCUGUUGUAUGCUUGGUCUUGGCGUGUGUAAGUUGGAAGUCACGGUUUCCUGGUCACGUAUCCUAUUAUUCCAUCCGGUUGGCGGUUUACCUGUAACCAGCGGAUCAGGGGUGGCUGUUUCUAUCGGGAACUCGUCUUGAAUUACCUGGCGCUAUGCUUUUAAUACAACAUGGAACCCGUAACCGAUGAAUCGCCAUGGGAGGCUGUUGCUAGCAGAAGCCCAUCUGAAACUGCAUGACUUAUGUCAGGAGCUCAUCUGCUGCAAGCAGCGACAAUGCCUAUGUUUGACUGUCGAAUGAUUUUGCUAACUAUGGGGAGUGCAUUUGGCAGAAGAGUCCAAGCCGAGAAUCAUGUUCGGAAGGUGCGAGGGUACAGAAAUAGAAGGAUUGAGGUUUGGCAACACAAUAGCCAUUUCAGUACGGGAGAUUGUGUCUGCGGAAAUGGACACAUACCUUCACAGAGCAUUUGUUGCGGCAAAGUCAGAAACUCUGUGCUGAAAACCCGAAGCAAGAAAAGCUUUUCGUUCAUUCAGAAGCAACGUUACUUCCGUGCUGAAAACCCGAAGCAAGAAAGUUACAAAGUUUGACCAGAUACAAA